AUGUCCGUCGACGACACCACGCUCGCGCGUUCUUUCUCCCUGCGCGGUGCCACCGCCGUCGUCACCGGUGGCACGCAAGGCCUCGGAAAAGCCAUCGUCGAAGCGCUUUGCCAUCACGGCUGCCGCGUAUUCACCUGCGCACGCACGGCGGGAGACGUCGAGACGUGCGUCGAGGACUGGCGGCGCCGUGGAUACGACGUCGAUGGGUGUGUUUGCGACGUCAGUGACGCGAACGCGCGAGAAGAACUCGCGCGGAGGGUGUCGGAAAAGUUUUCGGGCGAGUUGAACAUACUGGUGAGCAACGUGGGCUUUAACAUUCGAAAGCCGACGGUGGAAUUCACGAGCGAAGAUUACCAAAGGCUGAUGCGGACGAACUUAGAGGCAUCAUUCGAGCUUUGCAAGAGGUUUCACGCGAUGUUGAAGGCGAGCGGUGAUGGGAGGAUCGUAUUUAAUUCAUCCGUCGCCGGCCUCGUGUCUAUCCAGAGCGGCGCUCUGUAUGCAAUCUCGAAGGGUGCCAUGAAUCAACUGACGAAGAGUCUGGCGUGCGAGUGGGCGAAAGAUAACAUUCGUGUGAACGCCGUCGCGCCUUGGUACACCAACACGCCGCUCGCGAAGCAGGUGCUGAAAAACCAAGUCUACCUCAAAGCCGUCGUGGACCGAACGCCGAUGGGUCGCGUCGGCGAGCCUCACGAAGUCGGCGCCGUCGUUGCGUUUCUAUGCAUGCCCGCGUCCUCGUACGUCAACGGUGUCAUCGUGCCAAUAGAUGGCGGUUUCACCGUCCACGGGUUCAUCCCGCCCAAAUUGUGA